AAACUCGUGUUGUGCUUUCAAUUUGUUUUUUUUUCUUUGCAGCGUAAUUGUGUUAAUUUUUUAUUUUUUUUGGGUUGGUAAUAUUGUUAUUUUGCAUGGUUAUUAAAAAAAAUAAAUUAUUUCUUGCAUUGAGAUCAGAUAUUCUAGGACUACCAGACAGAGAUAAUAUAUGUUUAAGUGCGUGCAUGUAUUUCGAGUAUGGCGGUUAUCAUCAUGGCGAAUAUCUUCUGUACAAGGACUACCAGACAGACGAGAAGAUUUCAAUAACUUCUGGCUCCAUCGCCGGAGUUACUAUUAGUUCAUCGGAAUCGAAGAAGGAUGAGCUGUUUCCGGCAGAUGUCAAGGCUCAAUUGAAGAGCAAGAAUAGUACAACUUACAUUAAGUGUUUCACAACCAUCACACUUGUUCCAUGGAUGAAGUCAAUUUUAAGCUUCACAGUUCCUUCCUGACCGAAGGUUUGGAAAGGUGGAACAUCAACUUUUACACGACUAUGUUGGGAUAAGCACCAAUAUUGGAUUGACAGAAAACCCCAUUGUUAACUUCUCUGGUGUAGUGGGAACUAAUGUUCUCUCUCUUGGAACUGACGUGUCCUUUGACCCCACGUUGGGAACAAGUACAAUGCUGGCUUGAGUUUCACAAAUGAUGGCCGUUUUCUUUCUUUCAAUAUGUAAUCUUACUUGAAUUGAGCAUGCAUCGACUGUCUAGUUAUGUUAACUAACUUUAGUUGCUCUGUUGGAAUGUUUUUAUUUGAACACUUAAAUUCAAUUUGGGAUUAGUUUAUCUAAAUUGUGCAUGUAUUGCUUUAAAUGUCAGAAAUAACAAAGGAGAAACUCUGAGUACAUCGUACUACCGUUCACUCAGCCGUGUGAAUGAUACUAUUGGCAUGGAGGUGACCCAUAGCUUUUCCACGAAGAUAUUAGUGUUGGCACUAAGCAUCAGUUGGAUUGAGCUGACCACUGUGAAGGCCAGUCUAAACAAGCGGAGUCCAAAUUCUCUUUUGAAAAUUGACACCAACGCCUUUAACAAAGGGGCAAAGUUUGGAUGGGCCGUUAAAAUAAUGGGUUAGGGAAUAUGUGGCACUAGUCAAACUAUGCUUAUUUCUAUUUGAUUUAUGAUUGGAUAAAAAAGACACGUGACGUAUUGACCUAGUCAAGGUAACAUUUUAAUUGUUUGUCGUA